UAUGCUUAAUUUUGAAUAGUCUUGGAAAAUAGGACAUUUUUCAGACUUCAUACCGGAAACGACAUCUGCAACUCUCGAGAGCAUCGGCUGCCUCGCAUUCGUGUUGUUCGCCAUGUUUUUGUCACAUGGACCGCCAAAGUGCCGUAAUGGCUGUUCUUGACCCGAAUGAAACGAAACAGUUUUAGGGCCGUGUUCGAGAGAACGUGGACCAAAGUCUGCCAAAUGGUUAUGACCACAGACUUACCCUGCACUGGAAACAUGGAUCAAAACCAAACGAAAACCGAUGCGCCCUUUGUGGGAAACAAAUUGGCGACGGGUUCUGCUAGCUCGCGAUCGGAACGGCAGGUUACCCGCGUUUUGCGAUCGAAAUCUUCGAUGGCUCUGAAAAAUGGCAGCAGUAGCAGUGAUACACAGAAAGAGCAACUACAACCCAGCACUGAUGUGCCGUUAGUUAAGCCGUCGGAGCCAGAAAUCGCUUGUGACGGUAGCAACCAUAAGAUGGACGUUGUCGGUGAAUUAACUCAGUUACGGCAACUUUUAUUACUGCAUUUGGAGCUCAUUCAACAACAACAGGAACAAUUGCAGAUGAAGGAUCGAGAGAUUAAUAAACUAAAAGAAGACAAGGAACAGCUGGAGUCUCGUAUGCAUCGGUUGGAGAGAAGAAUGGCAGUAAAGAAGAGAAGAGAUGUUAAUGAGGGUUAUGAAGAAAUACAGGAAGAAAAGGAUGCAAAGCCAGUGACACCUAAAUGCCGUCGUUUGUCAGUGGAACAAAUGAUGCGGGCCAAACGAGUCCCAGCAACUGCACCAGUUACCAUGACUUCGCAUAUGUGCGAAGAUGUAAGCUAUGAUACACACAUGAGAACUGAAAAACUUUACCUGCAUGGUAACUCACCGGAUCUUCCAUAUAAAGCUGUUGAGAGUUCAGCCUCUGAUAGAAUUCAAAGCCAUGUACAGGUUCCUACUUGGCAAGUAAAUGAAAUAGCAGCAGUCAGAACAGGGAAUUCAAAAUCAUUAAAAUUAGCAGGAUCAUCAUCAUCAUCAGAGAACAAUGAGAGUAUUGACGAUGAUGUAUUUGCAAAAAGGCAUAUGAAACAUGAAGUUGAGGAGAGGAGAAGAAAAAGAUGGGAUAUUCAACACAUGCGUGCAAUGCAAGCACAUCAAAAUCUUGAAAAGAAAAAUAGAGACAGAGAAGAAGCGCGACUGAAAGGGAAAAGAUCUGGAUGUAAAGAUGAGGACUGCAAAAAUAUUGAAUCAUUCCUUCCACCUCCCGAAGAUGUGAUGGCAGUUGAAGUUUCUGACACAGUUCCUGUAGUAGCCUUUGGGUUUCCUGUUCCCUUAUUUCAAGAAAGAGAAUUUGAGAUCCCAUGGUUUAGUCUUGAUAAGAGAGAACUCCUUGAAAGGAAAGGCAAAGUUAGACCAGGGAGAAGUCGAGGGAAACUUCGCGGUCGACGGAAGGGAUAUUGAAAGAGAUGUUGAAUUUGAUGGUGAAAUCUUGGUUGAACAACUCACGAAGAAAUGAUUUUACCUUUUUCUUUUCAGUUUUUCGCUAGAGAUAAUAUUACUAAUGAAUACUAAGCACAAAACGUUGUAGUAUUUUAAUUUUUAUAAACAGAAUUUAAGCCAACAAUCUCAAAGGAUCUAUGAAGUAUUGAAUCUAUACUUUGCUUUCAGCAAUUUUCCCAAGUGUUGUGUACUUUGGAAAUGUUCGGGUUAAAGUUGAAGUAUAUUAGUAGGUAGGAUAAUCUACCUACAAUGGUUAGAAAUCCCAAAAGGUUACAAGAUUCUUUUGCUAGUGGCCUUUUUAAUUGGACAUUUGAGUCUUACAGACAACUGUUUCUCUUUCCUUUUUUUGUUUUUACCCUUGUGGUUAAAAUGUAGUUUUUACAAUUUGUUUUUGCAUUCAUUUUUCCAAUGUCAGUUUCUGUAUAUUCCUGUAAAAAAAAGUUUGUUCACACAGCUUCUUCAUCUGACUUUAAUCCUUGUAAGUUGAGUUUGUUGUAUAAAAAAUUACUUUGGAUAGUCACUUGAAACCAGAAAAACUCCUGUCAUUUUAUAGAAAUCGACUUACUCCUAAAAAUAUUUUGUUUAGUUUAAGGUGGAUUGAAAUAAGCAGGUAUUAACACAGUUAAGAUAUUAUACAGGCUUAAAGAGAUUGAAGUCUAUUUUGUCCAAUUUUCGCAACUUUCAAACAGCAUAAAAGUAUAACAUGUAGAAACCUACUCAAUGUGAAACUGAAAUAUUUCAUUGUUAAAAACAUCUGAUUUGAUUAAAGAAAUAAAGCA